AUGAAGCGUACAAAGAAACUACAAGAACAAUCAGAUUAUGAAGAUCUGGUUUGGUCAGAUCAGGACAUUGAUGAAAGAGCAUCUGAUUAUUUUUCUAUUUUACUAAUGGCUGGUAAAAACAAAGAUACCUGGAAACCCUUGAGUAGGCUUUUAGCAUACGUUGGAGGUUCUAAAAGAACUCAGAGAUACAAAAGAACAGAACUAAAGAAGGCUGUACAAAAUAUUCAAUCCAUCAUAGCCUACUUUGCCCCUGCUUUAACGUAUUCUAAUAUUGAGGUGAGAUCAACAGAAAUGGAAUUAAUAGAGGUGGGAUUAACAGCAGAUGUAUUAGAAAAAAUAGAUAUUGAUGAGAAAACAAAAAUAAGAUUGGCAAUUAAGGAGUUAGAUAGGAUGUUAAAAAAGGAUAAUAAUCAAAUGGAUAAAGGUGUAAGGGUUCGUUUGCAAGCGUCAUUGCACUUAAAAUACCAGAGUCAGACUAGAAUAAGUGCAAGCACAACGAUUGCUAAUAACCGUGGUAAAUUUGCGAAGGUAUCAAGCCUUCUUGAUGAUAAGAAAAUAUCCAUGAAGAUAAUGUUGUAUCUAAGAAGUCACAAGUUUAGUAUAAAUCCUAAAGUUUUAAAGAACUACAUUGAGAAUGAAGUAUUUCUGUCUUUAGAAUGGAGAAAGGAUAUCUAUGUAGAUGAACACGAGCGAGAAGAUGUAGUGCAAUAUAGACAAACAAUUUUUUUGCUGAUGAUGAAAGAAUUGAAACCUAUUCUUCUUGAAUAUUGUGACGAAAAUUUUACAAAGCUACUAGAGAAGGAUAUUCCUUCUAGAGAAAAGCGACAUUGUGUAAUAAUACAUGAUAAAACGACAUUGUCUGCAGAUGAUGAUGAGAAAAUGGGAUAG